AGGAAGGGAAGGGAGAGGUGAAAGUUGAAAGUGCGCCCUUCUUCCCAGCAGCCCGUGCAGGCAGCCGUUGGCGCGUGUUUUUGUCCCCCGCCGACCGACCGACGGCUGUGAGGCGCCUUCGCUGCCAUGAGCUUACCUCUGAAUCCAAAGCCGUUCCUCAACGGGCUGACCGGCAAGCCGGUGAUGGUGAAGCUGAAGUGGGGCAUGGAGUACAAGGGCUACCUGGUGUCGGUCGACGGCUACAUGAACAUGCAGCUGGCAAAUACAGAAGAAUAUAUUGACGGUGCUCUAGCAGGUCAUCUUGGAGAAGUCCUUAUAAGGUGUAACAAUGUAUUGUACAUCAGAGGAGUUGAAGAGGAAGAAGAAGAUGGAGAAAUGAGGGAGUGAUUUAGCUUUUUUUUAAAAAUAACCAUGUGUGCAACAACUUUUUAUAUUGACGUGAUAAAAGAUUCCACUUGUUCUUAUUAUUGUGAAGCAAAAUGCAUUUUCCUUGGUUAUACAAGACAAACUAAUUUAAUUGUUGGUGCAUCUUUUUUUUGGGGAUUGUGUGCUUAAAGUGUGAAUUUUGGACGUUGAGCCAAUAAACAAAUUCUCGAUCUUUGUAA